AUGCAAGAAGUUCAAUAUAUAACGAAGGGUCGCACUGCAAUUCAAAUUCAACGGCUAGUGAAUUAUCAGCACAUCCAAAAGAGAGGUAUGGGGCUACAAGUACAAUUCGUAGCAGGCAUUUUGCUGCUCUUUGCUGCAUUUGAGAUAUGGCGUGUUUUAAUGUCGCUUAUCCUCGCCAUGAUUGUAAAAGCCGGCUUGUUAAGGAACAUUGUUAUCAAUUCGCAAACAAAACUUUCAGUGACAACAGCGACAUUUAAGAUCUCGAUUAGGAAACAUCUGUGGCAAUUUCUUCGACAACCAAAGCAAAAAAAUCUUUUUGUGUUGAUGAUCAACAUCGCGCCGAAACUGGCAAACGUUAAACACUCAUGUCAGUUUGAAGGACAUCCGACAUCCGUCUUGGAGUGCCUGGAUGUUGAGCGACACAAUGAGGACAAACGUUCACCAAUUUUUAGCAUUCAGCACGGAAGUAUUUCCAUGCAUGCAGUAUAUCAGCUUGGAAAAAACGAGCUCUUAUGUAAAAUGAUAAUAUCGCAAAAUGAUGUCUCGAAAGCUGUUUUGCAAGGGUUAUAUUUAAAAGGGACUGCAGCUCUCGGUCUCACUGAAUUUAUGCUACAUGUGCCUCUUUACCAAAGCUGUGAAGUCUUAUGCACUCCUAUCCCGUCUGCGUAUUCAGUGGUCAUUGACAUGAUUGAACUGAGCAUUGAUCUGAAGCAAUUUCUUCAAGCAGUAUUGUGGUCAAAGCAGCCGCAAUAUCUUAACGGAUCCACAGCUGCUUCGUGUUAUCCAAAUUUUGAUUCAAAUAUUGUAAAUGAUGAUCGUAUGUGUCGCACGGUUAACUUACUGCAGCUUGCAGAAAUAUUUCCGGAAAAAUUGUUCUGUGAGAUCCACAAGCUGAAAGUGAAUGUCGUUAAUAGGGACACACUUAAUCAUCUUGAUACUUUAUGUUCGUUGGAAUUUAAUGCAUUUCGUGCUGAUUUAAUGGACAAUACUACUAAAAACGAAGUCUUUCAACAUUCAAGUCGAUGCACAAUAGGAUGUGAGUCAAAUGAAAGUGAGAAGGAGUGCGAUAAAAAGCAGCCAAUUUUAAAAUUUCGAUUUACGAUUCGUGGAAGCAGUCGUAAUAUGAGUGUUGCGCUAUCACAACAGCUUGAGCCGUGGGUGGCGUCAUGCUGCACAGUAUAUGAUGCCACAGUACUCGAACAACAAGAAAAUCGCCUGGUAUCGCAUAUAGAUAAUAAUUACCAACAUAAAUUAUGGUCGAUUGCGGAUUAUUGUGAUCAAGAGUCAGAUGCACAAUUCAAAGUGCAAAACAUUUCAAUCACCUUUCAACCUCUUAGUCGAACGUGCGAUGUUCUGCCGAAAUGUGCUCCCAGCAUUCAAUUCAUUCUGAAUGAGAUCAGUGUGUACAGUUAUCCAUUUGCAAACGAAGAUUCUUCAAGCCUUCGAGCAAAAGCAGAUAUCCACUGCUGUCGUUUGCAAGGUUUCUACCUCACAAAUGACGAUCUGGACAUGUUUUCAUUUUUAUCGAUUGAUUUUGUGCGAAUUUUUGUUAGUCCGGUAUAUUCAGGAAUGCAGAGUGAUGUGCAUGCAGAAGUAGAAACGGAAGUUGAAUGGGUGGAAGUAAAGUGGGCUCCUGAUGUAUUGCAUGCAAUCGGAGGGGCGAUGGAAUUAGGAGUUUUCUGUUUGGCUUCGCUAUUGCAUGAGUCAAGACACUCGGCAUCAGAACUGAAAUUUACGAGUUACAAUCACAAGUCAAAGGUUCAAUCUAGCGUGAAACUGGCGCCAAUGCACUUGAUGGAAGAUGUAUCUGGGAAUGUUCUUUCUUCCGGUGAAGUGCUUAUUUUUCGGUGCGUUGCUAAGCAUAUCUGUGUCAUUUUCCCAUUGAUAUACUGUGAGCAGCAACGUCUCGACUGUGUGACAGUUGAGACGUUUACAGUUAGCACCGAAAAAGCUACAGGGCGACUCCGAAUUUCACUAUUGGAUGCAAAAGCAUUUCCAAGUCAGCAGUCAUCAGAAAAACUUUUUGAAGCAGCUAAAAAACAAACCUCUUUUUUUUGGCAAGAUCAUUUUCGAAAAGAGCUCAUUACGUCUCGAACAACGCGUGAUCGCAUCUUGCGAACCAAGGAAUUCUCCAUUUUCAAAACUGAUGCACUCUUUUUUUCAGCUAAAUGCUUCUCGCUCGAAGAGUCUCGAAUAGUCGGAACCUCAAUGACAGUCGUCGACCUCUUUGUGGAUGGUGUUCAGCUUAAGUGGAAUAUUUCAACUCAACUUCGAAUUUUGGAGCUCAUCCGACAAAUUACAUUUUCAUCGUGGGAAAUGAUUUACCGUGCUCGAAGUGCGUAUGCGAAAUAUUGCACUCCAUUUGACAGUAUUUACAACCGUGUACAUGGUUUGAACCCACCACUUGAUGAUCUCGACGAAUGCUUGCGCUAUGAAAAACAAUUUGCGGAUCAUAUUAGCGCAUCCGGCGGAAAAUUGCACCGUCUUUAUGCCACAAACCUCACAAUCAAUGCUAAAAUAUGCGAUCAAGUUGCCGUCGACUUGACUCUUGGCGUGUUUGCUAGUGACGAUCUACCAGAAGUGUGGCUCUUUCAAAGCGUUUCAAUCAAGGUCAAUACGCUUGAGAUGGUGUCGGUGGCUCGUGUUCAUGUCAGGCACACCUUAAACGAAGACCACGAUCACGUCUUCGGUGUACUCGAAGAAAUGCUUCGCAAGCGGCUAUUCGCUUGUCAACGCUCAACUUCGGUACUUGAGCAGACAGUGGUCAAUGGCAUACUUAUCGAGAUUCAGACUCUCCAGAUUCGCAUAAGUCAUGACUUUCCACUCAAAGCUUACCUUGAUGCUGUUCAAGACACAUUCGAUCCUUUCAAAGAACAGCUAAGCGCGGCUGUAUUGGCGGACUGGAGACCACAGCAAGAAAUAUUUUAUCAAUAUUUUUUGCGAACAUCAGUUGCCUCUCACCGACCCGAAGUGUGGUUACGCUUACGCGACGUAAGUUUUGAAUGCCUUGGCAGCUCGUUCGAGAGCUGGCUUGAGAAAAUAUAUCCCUUGUGGAUCGAAGAAAUUGCGGAGCAAGAGUUAAGGGCUCAUGUAUUGGACAAGCACAUUGAAGCGCACAGACUAUCAGAUGUUGAUGAGCAUAACGACACCUCGUAUACAGAAUUGAAAGCACUUUUGAUCAAGAAUAACGCGAGCGCGUACAUUUGGAAAGCAAAAAAAAUGGUUCAUAAAACUUGUGAUGGAGAUAAAGGGCCUUUUUUCAAGGUAAGCCUUGGUCACCUCGAAUUCGACGUAUCGUUUAAAGAAGACAUCGCUACUUCGUGGGAUAUUAUCAAAAGCUUGGAUGAAGCUACGAAAGAGCUUGAAGGGGCAUUCAAGACGGCUAAACGGAAUUUUACACAUUUUACGCCAUCUUGUCGAUUUUUCAUGGGAUUGCAUGUUAAAUUGGGUGUCACGGACUUAGCAGUGAAUAUGAGACGGUUUCUAACCCCAUUGCUGACUUGGGAUAACCUUAAACUCACAGGAGACAUAUUUUUUACUGCAUAUAAUAGUGGAGAAAUCAACACAGAUCUAUCGAAAGCCAUGCGAUGUUUCUUAGAUCUCUCUAUUGAUAUUGCGUGCCCAGUCAUAUAUUUCAGUCCUGGCUACCUAUACGCGCUUGAUGAUCUGUUGCGAUUAGCUUCGGGGUGUAUCUCUUGUGGAUCAUAUGAUUUUGAUAAAGAUGAUUCAGUCUCUCUUGUGGAUACUGUGCGUAGGCUACUUCACGGUAAUAUUUGUGCUACUAUAACCAAUGCAAGUGUCCGCCUUUUUUGCGAGGCAACAUCAUUCCAAGUAGCAGAUUUUCUUGAGCUACAUGUACACCAAGCUCGAUUUGCUUAUAAUUUUGGCUCAAUCGACAUCGAAUUGACACGCGUGGCGGCAAAAAUUGAGCCUAAAUCUCUGUCACACAUUGCGGAGCUGAGCCACUUGAAGCUUCAUAUUUGGUUCUACUGGGGCUGUCUGACGAACCCAAACAUGCAUUACGACUAUCCAAUUGAAUAUAUUGGCUCUGACACCUUAAGCGAGCGAUUCAUUCUGCAUCCGCCAAUUUCGGUAGAUACUAUUCCACAAGAGACAGGGACUACGUCAAUACCGAAGUUCUAUCAGGCCACGAAAUUAUCCAUUUUCAUCAAAGGAAAAAUAUGUCCCUUACAGCCAGAAAGUGGUGACUCCAAUGAAGGAUUGUUGCCGCGUGGCAUGGGAGCUCCUACCGCCGUCGUACUUUAUACCGAAACCGCCGAGUAUUUAAUAAAAUUUGUCCAAGUAUAUCAAGAUGCAUUUCGGUACUCGCAUGUUCGACGUCGUAAUCAUAGCGUUGUAAAACCUACAUUGAUGCUAGCAAACAUUGGGAGCUAUCUGGAAGGCCUGACAAUCGAAAAGUUUGAUUUGAUUGGACUGGAUGUAGCCCUUUAUGCGAGUGAAAAGCAUCCUGUUGGUAUUCGAGCAUUUCUCGACGAUCGAAUUAGCUGUUCCGGUGCUUUGUUUAAAAGUUCGCACACAAUUUUUAGCGGUAGAGAAGUCAAGGAAUCGGAGGAUUAUGGCGCCGACGACACUAAGUUUAACGUGCGUCGGCUUUCUUUUUUACUUGGAGAUGCGACUUGGAUCGUGCACGACGUCAAUGUGGAUACGCGGUGUGUUCAGGUACGGGUGUGUACGUCGGAGUCUGGAAGCAGAGGGGAGCCGCUUGUGUCCUUACAGCACACAUCACUUAUUAUUGGAGGAGGCACUGAACAAAUUUUAUCGCAUGAUGAUAGUCCGAUAAAAGUGCCAAGUCGACCUGUGAUGAAGCGUGGCAAUACUGCCCAGCUCUUUAAUAUUGUUCAGUCACCAAGUGAAGUCGGGACAAAAGAACGAGCAGGGCAAAGCAUUUUAGAGUAUUUUGACAUUCCACACGAAAAUCCGUUCAGUUACCGUGAAUCCGACAGCGACUCUGAGGAUGAAUUUGAAGCUGAAAAGAUUGAAAAGCAAGUCGAAGGAUGUCAAAAUAACGAAUUUGAUGAGAUUCGACGUGCUGGCUUUUUGCUUGGAUUGCUUUCGGCAAAUGUUCGAGCGACAGUCACAAUAGUCGCGAUAGAAUCUUUGAUCGACAUUUUCGAUACUUGGGAACAAGUGAUUACGACAAACUUACCAGAUCUGUUUCUUGAUUUAGCAGCAACUGCCACGUUGCUUGAAAAUGAUGAACAAGGCUUCGGUGUUGUUGUCGACGAGUCAAACCAUAGUCCGAAGCAAUUUACAUCCUUGGCCCAAGAUCCAAAAUUUAGCGGGCUUUGUCUCCAAGGCGGAGCUGACACUCCUGCCAAUUUUGACAAGAGUCAACACUUUGAACCAACGCCAUACUCAAACGCAGAUAGUGUACGGUCUCCUCGGGAGGAGUCCAGCUUCCUUGCAAGCCAAGUAGAGCGUGCUCAAAGUAGUGAAAACUUAAACAGCUCUCGAAAUGUGAAUCCCAAAAAGGUUCAGGAUUUUAUCAUGGUCAAGUUCGAAGACUGCCAAAUUAGCAUUCAAAAUCAGCGCCAUAAAGGGUCAGUGCUGCUAGCUUUAAGCUCAGGUACGCUACAACACGCAAUCUCACAGGACUCCAGUCGUGAACGUAUCAAUUUGAACGUCGACGGCUUUCAAGUUUUUACUGCUCCACUUGAUGUUGAUGUAAAGUCGCAUGUUACUUGGCUUAAAUCGUUAUCAGACGGGUUGUAUUGCCCUAGUUCGUAUGGCUUGCUAAGACAAGUAAUUGCGCCAAUUCCCACCCAAGUGACUAUUUGGAUCGAUCAUGAAAACAGUCUUGACAAGAACAAAAUUAAACUGGAAAUACCAGCCAUCGAGAUCCACAUCAACCCUGUGUCAAAAGAAAUUCUUGAAAAGCUAAUCGCAACUAUAAUAGAGCUUAUCCAUGCCAAAAGGGCUGAGAAAAAGAGCCGCUAUAACCCAUUUCUACUUCAACAGUCGUUGAAGAAAGUGCUGUGCCAAAAGCGCUCUUUCCAUCAACUACUUGCAAUAAAACGACAACUUAAAUGGAAAAUUGCAGCCCUUCAAGGUCAACAGCGGUGUGGAAGGUUCUGGCACCUUGAUGAGCGUGCAAUGAUAGGUCAAUCUGCAUUGAAAAAUGCUUUGUACUCCGUGUUGAACCUUGAAAAGGCGUAUCGAGAACAUUUGAUUUCAUCGGAAUCAUCGGCUAAUGAUGUCCUAAAUGCCGGACUAAUCAGCUUUGCGACGUUAAUUCGCUACGGUGGGCAGAUAAUGGACGGAUUGCUUGAACUGACGCAAAAAUAUGAAGCACUGUCCGACUUGACUCGGUCAAUGGCUCAUGAGAUUCAAGAACAAUAUAAUUCAAGCUUUAUGCAUGAUGUUGAUAUCGAAUUGACUCUCGACCGCGCUUCGUUAACGCUCCAUGGGGAAUUUUUUGAUAUUGUUCGAACUCAAUUAAGCUCUUUAAGCUUGCAAAUGCAGCUAUUCGAAGACCAUUCGGGCAAGUUUACGCUAUGUCUACAAAAAUUUUCCAUUAUAAACCUUAGCCCGGCGACACCUUAUCCAGAUUUGCUACUGCCAACACAUUCUCGAUCUUGGGCAGGGGAUGAAGUGUUUCUUCGCAUAAAUGCUGAGAUUGCAAAACCAAUCAACAACACCACAAUUAUCCAACAUUUCGAAGUAAAUGUCCACCCCAUUCAGGUUUGUAUUACUCAGGAAAUUAUCUUGCAGCUUAUAGCAUUUUUCGCGCCCUCGGACAAUACCGACAAUAUCAAGGAUGAAAAGCGUGAGGAAGUACGAUCUCAAUUUUUGCAAGCUCGUACUUGCUCGACUAGCGACAAACGAGUCGGUUCAGCGAUCUUCAAGGCCGUCAAGGUCGCGGGUAAAACGGUAGCGAACCCUCUCAACCAUGGACGUGCUUCUCAUGGAGACAGUGAUGAACAAAUUGUACCAUCAUGUCUGAAUUCGAAAGCAGAAACUGUUGGCCUUGUUUCUAAAGACCCAUCGCAGUGGAUUGCACAGCUUGUAAACUUGUCACCUUCUCACGAUUUGCUUCCAUUUACCUCGGACGACGCUGACCAGCAUGCGCCUCAGAUUUUAAACGAUGAAAAAAGCGAUCGUGUUUCGAGCAGCACUUUGUUUAAACGCAUUCGAUUAGGAACGGUUGAGGUGGUGCUUACAUAUAAAAACAAGAAGAGCAAUAUAGGGAAUAGCAGUACAUCACAUCUUCAUCAUCCACAUAUGUUGCAGCCUCAAGCUCUAGAAGAUAUGCGUGGCUUUGAAAUCAAAACUCGCGCUCUUGUGUAUUGUGACAAAAGCUGCUCCCCUUUUGAUUUACUAUUAAGAAUUCGACGCGACAUCCUGCUCGACGUGCUCUCUCAGGUUGGUCGUAACUUUACAAAUAUCGGCAACUUUCUACGGGACCAAAUCGAUUUGUCUUGUUGGGCGGCUUUUGAUGGAUUGGCACCUCUCAAGUCUCUCUCAACGACAGUUUCAUCAUUUAAAGCUACAGGGCUAUCCCACACAGGUGUAGUCGUGCCUUAUCCCGACUCUACAGAUCCAAACGGGCUUGAUUCAGAAAAAAAAGACAAAGACCCGAGUGCAGUCUUAAUAUCUUCGACAUCGACUGCCUUCCACACGGGCGAGCUUCUCUAUACACGGAGAGGAUCUGAUGUGCGGAGCGGAUCCGACGCCGAUUCCGCGACGUUAUCUAUCCCAAGAUCAAUCGACACUGCUCACCAUAAGCCUAUCGCGGUGAAACGAAUAAUGACAAAUCUAUUCUCGAGAAAAAAGUCAAGUUUAUUACCCGCACCUUUCACGAGCUCAUAG